AUGGCACCAAUGCAUGAUACUGUUCUGCCAGAUGCGCGGUCUCCAUCUCUCUACCUCGACCACCCGACCGAUGCAGAAAACAAAGCGAUUUGGACUCUCACCUCAAGUGAAUGGAAAGAUGCUCUCCCCGUGGAUAUCUACCUUGAGGAAUCACUGUAUCUCAUGACAGUCCCUUUAGCGAAAGAUGGGGGAAUGACCCAAUGGGUGCUGGUGGAUAGGGCCCUCCCGCGAGAGCAAAGGCCCCUCCUGGCUUCCUGCGAAACUUUCCGUAAACGCUCAUGGGUCAGCGAUAAACAUGGCAAUGUAGCCGAGUUCAUCACCCACGGCGUCGCCAGUGUCUAUUGUGACCCUCGAUAUCGCGGUCGGGGCUAUGCCUCACGACUGAUGAAGGAGCUGGCUAAGGUGCUACCAAGAUGGCAAACGACCAGAACCAAUCAAUGUAUCGCCAGUGUCCUAUUUUCAGAUAUCGGGAAGCAAUUCUAUACAAAUCUCAAAUGGCAUGCCUUCCCAAGCUUUCAUGUCGAGUUCCCUCCUUCACUGGAGGCACCAGCAGCAGGACGGAGAUCGUCAGCUGCGACACCGUUGUUCGCAAGGGACCUUGCGAAGCUCUGCAAACAGGAUGAGGCACUUGCUCUGAAAGCAAUGGCUGCACCAUGCCCGUCCACUGAGAAAAUACGCUUCAUGAUCGUACCGGAUCACGAUCACAUGCUCUGGCACCAUACCAAAGAAGAGUUUGCCGCUGAGGUUCUCUUCAAGUCACAGCCACAGGUCAAAGGUGCCAUCGCUGGAGAGCUUGGGAAUCGUAUAUGGGCGAUCUGGACGCACCGGUUCUAUGACCCUCCCAAGGACGCAAACUCCAACAAUACUCUCUACAUCCUGCGGCUUGUUAUUGAAAACCAAGGUGCUCUAGAUAGCUUCUCGGUGGAGUAUGAUUUACAAGUGGCGGGACUAAGAGCUGUGAUUUUUGCUGCGCAGAGGGAGGCUGCAGAGUGGGGUUUACACCAUGUUAAUUUAUGGGGACCGUCUGCUCAGGUACAAGAGCUGAUCAAGCGAACGGGAGUCGCGCAUCGAGAGGAAGACCGUGAAGAAGAAGGUAUAUGCUGUCUGCGGUGGUACGGAGAGGGGGACGGUACAGGGGAUUCAUUAGAAUGGGUUGGCAAUGAGAAGUACGGAUGGUGUUGA